GGGCGGGGGUCCGCGACCCGGCCGGGCUGGGCCUGGGCGGGGUCAAGGCGGGGCACCUCGGGCCCGCCCAGCUGGGGUCGGCACCGCCCGCCGAGUCCCGUGACGCUGGUCCGAGGGCGCGGGUCACGAGUGCCAGCGCGGCCGACGGCGGUGGCGGCGGCGGCGGCGACGACAUGGCUUCGGAGCUGGACGUGCGCGCCCGGCUGCAGCGCGCCGGCCAGGAGCACCUCCUGCGCUUCUGCGCCGAGCUGGCGCCGGGGCCGCGUGCCGCGCUGCUGGCCCAAUUGGAGCCCCUGGAGCCCGAGGCGCUGCGCGAGCACUGCCGGCGCGCGGCCGCCGCCUGCGCGCGCCCCCCGGCCCCCGCGCCUGACCUGGCCGCGCGCCUGCGGCCCCUGCCUCCCGAGCGCGUGGGCAGCGCGAGCGGGGUCGCCCCCCAGACGCGGCGGCUCUGGGAGGAGGAAGGUUUCCACCAGAUCGCCCUGAACAAGGUGGCCGUGCUGCUGCUGGCUGGUGGGCAGGGCACUCGCCUGGGCGUGACCUACCCCAAGGGCAUGUAUCAGGUGGGGCUGCCCAGCCAGAAGACCCUGUAUCAGCUGCAGGCAGAACGGAUUCGGCGGGUGGAGCAGCUGGCUGGCGAGCGCUAUGGGACCCGCUGCACCGUGCCCUGGUACAUCAUGACCAGUGAGUUCACGCUGGGGCCCACAGCCAAGUUCUUCAAGGAGCAUGACUUCUUUCACUUGGACCCCAACAACGUGGUCAUGUUUGAACAGCGCAUGCUGCCUGCUGUGACCUUCGAUGGCAGGGCCAUCCUGGAGCGGAAAGACAAGGUUGCCAUGGCGCCAGAUGGCAACGGGGGCCUGUACUGCGCGCUGGCGGACCACCAGGUAUUAGAGGACAUGGAGCGGCGCGGAGUAGAGUUUGUGCACGUGUACUGUGUGGACAACAUCCUGGUGCGACUGGCCGACCCGGUCUUCAUCGGAUUCUGCGUGCUGCGGGGUGCCGACUGUGGAGCCAAGGUGGUGGAAAAGGCGUCCCCCGAAGAGCCGGUGGGCGUGGUGUGCCAGGUAGACGGCGUACCGCAGGUGGUGGAGUACAGCGAGAUCAGCCCCGAGACGGCCCGGCUGCGUGCGCCCGGAGGGGGCCUGCUCUACAACGCGGGCAACAUCUGCAACCACUUCUUCACGCGAGACUUUCUCCAGAUGGUCACCAGGGAGUUCGAGCCCUUGCUGAAGCCACACGUGGCUGUGAAGAAGGUCCCCUACGUGGACGAGGAGGGGAAUCCAGUAAAGCCACUCGAGCCCAACGGGAUAAAGAUGGAGAAGUUCGUGUUUGAUGUGCUCCCGUUUGCCAAGAACUUCGUGGCCUUCCAAGUGCUGCGGGGGGAGGAGUUCUCCCCUCUAAAGAACGCUGACUCGGCUGAGAGAGACAACCCCUCCACGGCGCGGCGGGCCCUGCUCGCUCAGCACCACCGGUGGGCCCUGCAGGCGGGAGCCCACUUCCUGGACGCACACGGGGCCCGGCUCCCCGAGCAGCCCAGGGACUGGAGGUGUACCUGCAAGGCCGGGAGUUCGAGUCCCCGCUCAUCCUGGACGUGGACACGGCCAGGACACUGCAGGCCUGACUCCCUCCUAGACCUGCCAGCUCCGGGGUCCCCAAGGCUGAGGACGCAGCCCCGGCCUGGGCUCCAAGGAGGAAAGCAGGCUGCUCUGAGUUUCUGGCUGCAGAACAUGGACCACAGAACUGAACCUGGGGGCCGCAGCCCAGCCCCCUUCCGCGCCCGGCUGAGACCGACAGCGGGUCGGGAUGGCUCUCCGGAAGCUUGGCCUGCACGCCUCGCACUGAGUGCUCUGGAGUUCCGCCCGAGGCCUCAGCCCCCAGGAGCCAGUGGGACCGGUGCCGAUGCUGGAGGCUCCCGUGGUGGUCGAUUAGUCUGGAGUUUAACCAGGAGGGGCGCGCCGUCCCCGCCCAGCCUGCCGGUGGCUUCUGACAGAUCCCGGGGCUCACGCUCCGCCCCUGCUCUCUGGGGAGGGGUGGGGGGCGCAGCCUCCGUAUUUGGGGCCAUGGCCCCCUUGCUGCACCCCCGCAGCCUGGCCGAGGCAGGGAGAAACCAGCUGGCUCUGGUCUCUUGCCCCUGGCGUGGCUGCUCGGGGUCCCAGUGCCCACUUCCCCGUCUGGAGGGCAGCACAGCGGCACCUGCCUCUUCCUGCUGCUGUGAAGAGCAUCCUGAAACGCGGCCCGCUGCUUAGCCGAGGCCGCCUGCCCCCUUGCCGCCCCGCAGUCCGCGCGCGGCCAUGCUUUCCCCGGGAAGGCUGCUGUCCGGCGGUGGGUCCGGAGGCGGUGAUCCCUCCAGCGACUUGGAGUGGACGGGGGCUGCGUCCACGCCUCCCGGCCUGGGUGUGAUGGCGGGGUCAGGGCCACGCCCAAGGCCCGCAGGACGACUUUGCAUCCAUCCAGGCUCUGCCGCGCUUUUCAAGCCUCAGAAUCGAACCUUGUGCCUUAGUUUCCUUCUCCCCGCUGCUCCACAGGCAAGCAGAGGGCCUGGGGCAGAGGAGGGUCGCCAAGGGGGAGGCCGAGGUUGAGGCUCCCGCCACGGCCCAGGGGCUCCUCACUGCCACACCAGGACACCCAGCAACCUUUUUUGUACGCACGUAGAGUUAGUUGGGUAAACUGUUGAAGCAGCUCGCUUUCGAAAAACCUUUUUAUUUUCACGUGAAGUUUCACACAUGGCACAGAGGGGUCCGGGGUACCCUGCACCGAGUUUCCUGCAAUGCUCGCAUCUUCCGUGAUGCUAGGACACUGUGACCAGGAGACCCUGCUUGUGCCGAGUCCUUUCUCACAGGUGAGGCUCCCUGUGCCCGCUUUGCACUCAGGGAGCAGCCCGGUCGGUGGGUCCCUUCGCCACAAGGGCCUCCCUCCUGCUCCCUUGAGGGCCACACGCCCCCACCAUCUCUAACCCAGACGGCCGCUAGCGAAGCAAUUGAGUUGAAAGACGGCAAACCCUCGAUUUUCCACAGAAUGUGGGGAUUUCCAAUAAACACGAGGUGCUGUGAUGCA